UCGCCAUGGCAACGCGCGGGGGCGGGCCGGGGCCCAGGGGCCGGGCUGAGGCGGCGGCGGGGAGGGAUGGAGGCGGCCGGCACCGGGACCGCUCCGGGGGGCUGCGCCUCGGCCCGGGAGGCGGCGGAGGCCCCGGGGUCCCCGGCUCUGCCCUCCCGGAGAGAGGAGGUGGAGGAGGAGCGGGAGGCAGCGGGGCCGUGCCGCGGGCGGGCCUCGGGCCGGCGCGGAGCUGAGGCGGGCGGGGGCCGAGGCCGAGGCGGGCGGCGGCCGCCCCGCGUCACGGUGGACAGCUCCAAGGCCAAAACGUCGCUGGAGGCGCUGAAGAUCAGCCUGAGGCAGCUGCGCUGGAGGGAGUUUCCUUUUGGCAGACGCUUGCCAUGCGAUAUCUAUUGGCAUGGGGUGUCAUUUCAUGAUAAUGAUAUAUUCUCAGGUCAAGUCAACAAGUUUCCAGGCAUGACAGAGAUGGUACGUAAAAUUACACUGAGUCGGGCAGUGAGAACAAUGCAAGAUCUGUUUCCUGUAGAAUAUAACUUCUACCCUCGAUCCUGGAUUCUGCCAGAAGAAUUUCCCCUCUUUGUGGAUGAGGUUCAGAUGAUGAAAGAGAGCGAUCCGUCCUGGAAGCCCACUUUUAUUGUAAAACCUGACGGAGGGUGCCAGGGGGAUGGAAUAUACCUUGUUAAAGACCCAAGUGAUGUCAGACUGACGGGAAGCCUCCAGAACCGGCCAGCUGUGGUCCAGGAAUAUAUUUGCAAACCCCUGCUUGUUGACAAACUGAAAUUUGAUAUUCGUCUUUAUGUCCUACUGAAAUCUUUAGAACCCUUAGAGAUUUAUGUAGCCAAAGAUGGACUUUCUAGAUUUUGUACAGAGCCCUAUCAAGAGCCCACUGUAAAAAAUUUGCACCAGGUUUUUAUGCACUUAACCAACUAUUCACUAAAUAUCCAUAGUGGGAACUUCAUCCAUUCUGACAAUGCAAACACUGGCAGCAAGAGGACUUUUUCAAGCAUUCUGUGCAGACUGUCUUCCAGAGGAGCUGAUGUCAAAAAGGUUUGGUCAGAUAUAAUUUCACUGGUGAUUAAAACAAUUAUUGCACUGACUCCAGAACUGAAAGUUUACUAUCAGUCCGACAUACCGGUGGGAAAGCCUGGGCCAACUUGCUUCCAGAUCUUAGGCUUUGACAUUCUACUGAUGAAAAACUUGAAGCCCAUGUUACUAGAAGUAAACGCAAAUCCCAGCAUGAGAAUAGAACAUGAGCAAGAGCUCUCUCCUGGGGUAUUUGAAAAUGUCCCAAGCCCUGUUGAUGAAGAAGUGAAAGUAGCUGUUAUCAGAGACACUCUUCGUCUAGUGGACCCUCAGAAAAAGAAGAGAAAAGAUAUCCAAUCUCAGACUUCAGAGCAUGUGUCAGAAACAAAAGAUGAGCUACUGGAUGCAGGACCAGCAGACGGACUGGAAUAUGAUACCAGCAAAACUACGGAGGCAGGCCUGCCUUCCCUUUGUCUCAAGCAGGUGUUUCCAAAGUAUGCUAAGCAGUUCAAUUAUCUGCGACUUGUGGACAAAGUGGCUGCGUUGUUUAUCCGAUUUCUUGGUGUAAAAGGGACGACAAAGUUGGGGCCAACAGGUUUCCGAACAUUUAUAAGAAACUGCAAACUGAGUAACAGCAAUUUUUCAAUGGCUUCGGUAGAUAUCUUAUACAUUGAUAUCACGAGAAGGUGGAACAGCAUGGGAAUCGAUCACAGAGAAUCAGGAAUGUGUUUGCAAGCCUUUGUUGAAGCUUUCUUCUACCUGGCUCAGAAAAAAUACAAGUCGCUUCCUCUUCACGAGCAAGUGGCAUCACUGAUUGACUUCUGUGAGUAUCACCUGGCUGCCCUGGAUGAAAAGCGCCUGGUGUGUGGACGAGGGAUUCUGGAGCGCCGAAGUGCAGUAGCUACUUCUCAGACUGAAGGACUUCAACUUACAGCAGCUGCACAUACACCCCUCCUAAAGCACAGAGCCACAGCUAGUAAAUUUGCAGAUUAUAGAAAUCAUCGCUAUAGCAGUGCUAUUUCACCAGGGUGGAGCAGGGAGAGACUGAGGGAACUGAGAAUUAAUCUCCAGGAUGUUUUGUCAAGAAUGCUGGACUAUACCACUGGAGCUCUUUUGGAGGAGUUCUACAGAGUAGUCUUAUUUUUCAAGAAAUGAACUGUGAGUUCCAUAAUCACACUCUUCUUGGGGGUGGGGGGGGGAGCAGGGACAUGAGACUGGUUGUAAAGAACACGAAUAACUUGGAACUUCAGGGCUGCUCAGCCAAUUUUUUUUUUAUUGCCUCAUAUUUUAUUACCAUAAUGUAUUUCUACAUAGCUUGAUUUUUCUCCUCUGUUCUGUUCUUUACUGUUAAUAAUCUACUUGUGUUCUAGUGUUUAUCACACUGUCAAAAACUCAAAGUUGUAAGAUGGCACAAUGCCUGGGCAGUUAGGCUUGGAUUUGAGAAAAUUACCUGAUCUUGAUGUCUAAAUGUUCCAGUGGCUGGCAUACCAGAAAUGUUACCCGGAAUACAUGAAGUGUGUUGUCAAUACAGAGAAAGUCCAUGCAUUUAAUGUCAUAGACUAAAUGCACACACAAUAUUGAGUGACUUUUUGCUCUACGAAAAGUUCAGUAUUUACUUUCUUGAUUUUUAGGUUUAAGCAGCAUGCAUUUUUCCCAAGUGGCAAUCGGUAGCAUGGCAAUACAGUGCAGAAGUCCACACAUUUAAUGUCACGGACUAAAUGCACACACAAUAUUGAGUGACUUUUUGCUCUAGGAAAAGUUUAGAAUUUACUUUCUUGAGUUUUAGGUUUAAGCAGCAUGUGUUUUUCCCAAGUAGCAUGGCAAUACAAUGCAGAAGACAAGCUGCGCAUGCAAGAAACUAAUACCUAGCAUGUGCUAAUAACAGAUGUGGGAGUAGUUUCUUCUCUUCUUCCUCUGUAACAGAAAUAAGAGUAAUAGUAGACGAUAGUUGUUUUUUUUUCAGUGGCUAGACAGUUUGAAACUUUGUGUUGUACAUAAGAGGGUGAUUGUAGACUAAUGCCACUGCCCUCUGCCUUGUUUAAGUUUCAUAAAGAUUAUUGCAGUAUGAAGAUAAAAUGCCAAACUCCAAGGUCUGGCAGCUGUCAGAACAAAUGAAGCUGAAAGGGUCAUUUUUUUUUCACACUUUCAUUGUAAUAUAUUUGAAGGCAUUCACAAGUUGAAAAAUGGUUACUUCUCAUUUUGUGACAUCUGACAUUUGUCUUGCAAUUGGCAGUGUGUUACUAGAAAAUAGCUUACAGUUGCUCUCAUCUUGUGAUUGAUGUCCUGUAAAGACAGAGUUAUAGAAGACUAAGAUUUGAAAUGGUAUAAAUGCGAAUACCUUUCUUUGGAGCUUUCUACUAGUACAAUCUAUGCCCUAAAAUAUUGUGGAAUUUUUUUUUUUUUUUUGCUAUUAUAUAAGUUACCCUGAUACCAGUGAAUUAAAAUAAUUAUCGUAUAUAAUGAACACUAGCAAGAUCUCGAUUUUGAGAUCUUAUAUUCUCUGGAUCUAAUACUGAUUUUCAUAACCUGUGCAUACACAGGUUGAUGCAGUAUACCCUAUUUAUUUCCAGUUUCAAGUGUGAAGGGUCCUUUUGUAGAAUAGAUAAAAUAUUCAAUUAUCUGCCUCUAGUAACCCAGUGUUAAUGUAUUUAUAUAAUUGGAAAAUUGAAUGCCGUAUUAUUCUCAGGGGUGGGAGGUGGGGGGUCUUGCAGUAAAAUAGGAAUGUACUUCAGAGACCUCACAACAGUCACACUUCCCUUCCCUUCCAUCUAAUGCAAUUUCCUCGCAAUAUUACUCAGCAUCCAAAGCAAUUUCACAUAGCUUUUAAGUUAGCAGUCUGUGCAAACACAAGAAAAUGACCAGAGAUGCAGAAUUCAGAAUAUGAAUGCUAAUGCACUGAUAAUCUGUUAAUCCUGAGAUAGCUUUCUAGCAGAAGAAGCAAUAAUGAAAGGUAUGCAAGUGUUGUUUUUUAAUAGUAGUUUUCUAUAUAUUAUUUUCAGAGAAUAAUGAGCUCACAAAUGGAAUACUGAAUGCUGUAUAUAAACAUUGCAUACCAGUGAAAUUUUUCUUGUUAUCAGACACAUUGGGUCUGGUAUUUUCACUGGAUAUAAAUCAAAGUAAACCACCUAAACCAUCUAAAGCAGAUUUGAGGCAAGUGUGUCCAGAAUUUCAGUCCAGUCAUUCCCCUUCCCUGCAGGCUUGGAUCUAGCCCAAAUACACCUUAAUUCACUAGGUGACUCCUUGCUCAAUGUAGAUGAGUUUUUACUCUGCAUGGAGCUGUUGUAGUCCCAAGUUGCUUGAAAUUUUUCUUCUGCCUAAACUUGAUUUGGCUCUUGAAACUGAAUCGCUCUCUCUGCCUGAAUCACUUUCCUUGCCGUGCAGUCCUAGCUGCUUUCUUUCAAAACACAGUUGGAAAGGGAGAUGUUGAGCUGUUUAUAAUGUCAAUGCUUGCUCAGGUGUGAGACCCAAGUCCACCUGCUUCAGAGUUUGUCUUCUCAGCUGGAGCUCUCCUCCCCUUGCUCUGCAGGUGACUCCCUUUUAUCUGCUCUAUGCCUCUGGUUGCAUUAAUCUUGUGUUCAGCCUACCAGGAGGUGGUCAAAGCACCCUUCUAAGAGAUAGAGGAUGCAGUUUGGAAACCCACAUGAUGACGAGCGAUCUUCUCCUCUCCCAUCUGAGCCUAGCCAUGCAUGGUUCAUUUGAAACAGGGUAGGUGCCUGCCCUCAUACUGAGUGCACCGGUCAGAAGGGGCUGGAGCCUCUGCAGAGAUUUUGGGGGUGUGAAAAGGACACUGCUCCACACUGUGGGAUAUGGGAGUUCUCAGGGCAGGGUCACACUGAGGCUGUAGGUAGAGACUUAGGAGGAGCAGCUGCCAGCUGGAUCCUGCGUGGUCGGUGCCUUGACUGCUGCUCCUACCUGCUAUGGUGUGAGCUAUAAAUUAUUUGCAACAUACCCUUCAUAGGGAUGUGAAGCUGUGCCCUGACCAACUUUGUGCUUGCCUGCACUCGUAGCCUCUUAGGCUUUAGAGAGGGAAAGAGCUGAAUGACAUCUCUGUUUAAUGUUGCCAACCGAGUGACUUCUCAUUCCGUGCUGACUUUUUUGUGCAGCGAUUCCCUUGCACAUGAUUGUUCCCGUGUGCGAAACAGGAGCCUCAACACCUGCCACCAUGCGGACUUCAGCGCCGGGCUGGCAUUGCUAAUCAGUCAUUAUGACAGCUCUCCGUUCCUCGCCAGCCCCGUGUCUGACCUUAUUCUGAUUUCUGUCUGAUGGACAGUGACAAUCUGCUUCUAAAUAUUACCUAGUUCCCUCUAAUUUGUUUCCUUUUCCAUCAUGCUUUGCUGUGUUUCCUCCUAAUUCCAAAAUUCUGUUUUUCAACUUGCCUAAUAAAGUGAUAUGGUCAAUUUGGCUGAA